AUGGGUGGCGCAACACUAGUCAGCAAGCCUGCUUCUACCCCAGCUUAUGAUAUAAUGAUCUCCCCGUACCACCUACUUUUUCUUAGUGUAUCCAUUUUUUUCUUCCUUGCAAUCAUGGCCGAACAACACGAAGAGCUUAUUGUUGACCUCAAUGGCAAACAGGUUCCUUUGCUGAAAAUCAGCAAACCCCACCACAGAAUCCUUGACCACAACCAGAAACCGGUUCCAGACCCAAAAACCUUCCCUGACGUUGAACCCGAGGCCAAGGAGAGAGAGGCCAAGUUGGCCGAGGAGAGAAAGCAGGCUGCUGAGCAGAAGGAGCAGAAGGAGUAA